CAGAUUAGUGGGUUCGCAAAAAAACACGCACAGCGAAUAAUCUACGAUUCCUGAACGGCGAUUAACUUGCCUUUAAAUCAAAUGCGGUUGUCAAUAGUUCGACUAACCGAACGGACAUGAGUAACGUUACAGUUGGAGUUGCAAGGAAUCACAGCAACUAUGUGAUCCCUGGUCUGUACGACCUAUCCGUGGAGGAUACCAACUGGGUCCUGACCUCCUCCUUCAUUAUCUUUACCAUGCAAACGGGCUUCGGUAUGCUGGAGUCCGGCUGUGUGAGCAUUAAGAACGAGGUGAACAUCAUGAUGAAGAACGUCAUCGACAUUGUUUUAGGCGGAUUCACCUACUGGCUGUUCGGCUACGGAAUGAGCUUUGGCCGCGGUCCACUCUCAAAUCCAUUUAUCGCCAUUGGGGACUUUCUACUUGAUCCACCAGUGGGCGAUGCCCUGAUGGGGCAGAUCUUUGCAGCCUUCCUUUUCCAACUGUCGUUUGCCACCACGGCCACAACAAUUGUCAGCGGCGCCAUGGCAGAACGUUGCAACUUCAAAGCUUACUGCCUGUUCUCAUUUCUGAACACCGCUGUGUACUGCAUUCCCGCUGGUUGGGUGUGGGGCGAGCACGGAUUCCUCAACAAGUUGGGUGCUGUGGACAUUGCGGGCAGCGGACCCGUACAUCUGAUAGGAGGCGCUUCCGCCUUUGCCUCAGCUGCCAUGUUGGGUCCACGCCUGGGUCGCUACUCCGAAGGUAUAGAUCCGCUGCCACUGGGCAAUCCAGUAAACGCCUGUAUGGGGCUGUUUGUACUCUGGUGGGGAUGGCUGGCCUUCAACUCGGGCAGUACAUACGGCGUGAGUGGGGCAAAGUGGCAGUAUGCGGCCCGAGCUGCAGUUAUGACCAUGAUGGGAUCCUUCGGUGGCGGAUUCAUAAGCUCCAUUUAUUCCUUUUGGCGCCAUGGCGGUGGCAUGGACAUUAUGGAUCUCAUCAACGGGGUGCUUGGCUCUCUAGUGUCUAUCACGGCUGGAUGUUUUCUAUACCGAGCCUGGGAAGCUCUCGUAAUUGGAGCCAUCGGUUCGCUUCUCUGCGUCCUGGCAAUGCCACUAUUUGAUCGCAUGGGCGUCGAUGAUCCGGUGGGCGCCAGUGCUGUGCAUGGAGUUUGUGGUAUUUGGGGCGUAAUUGCCGUCGGACUUUUUUCCGAUAAUCCCAUUCCACUGGACACGACCAACGGUCGCAGUGGAUUGUUCAAAGGCGGCGGUUGGUAUCUACUGGGAAUCCAAACGCUGUCCGCGUUCUGCCUGGCCUGUUGGGGCAUCUGUUCCACGUGCCUGCUGCUGUUUGUGAUCAAUAAGAUCAUACCCAUUCGCAUGGAUCCACACGAGGAACUGUUGGGCGCCGAUCUUACCGAGCACAGAAUCCGGCAUUCACAAAUCGGUUUAUCGCGAGCCAUCUCAGCCCUUGCACCCAUUAAAGUUGAUCUCAAGGAUAUCGCCGGAAUCCAGCCGAUCGGUAUUAAUCCUGGCCACGAGCGAAGCAUCGAUCAGUUGCGGGCGGCGGAGGACAAGUUGCAGCAAUGGCAAUCUUAUCUUGACCAGGUAAGUGCCCCGCGAGCCAAUCUGAAAAUGGACGCUGGACAGUCGCAUGCGGACAUCACAUUUAAGCCCAGAACUGCGGGUAAUGUGUUUAGCCGGCGAAUACCCGCUCGAAAGAGCAUCAGUGGUGGUCUCUACAGACCCAAUAACAGCGAGUUACCUGUAAUCAGUCAGGCCCCCAAGCUGGAAAAGGAUCCAAAUUUUGCCUGGGUGGAUUAGAAUAGCAGAUUUAGCCUUAGUCACACAAACAAAUGGAAAAUCUUAUGAAAUUAGACAUCAAAAAUUGUUUACUAAAUCUCUAGAAAUUUCGGCAACGUCAGUAAAUUUUACGAAGUCUAGAUUUUUCUCUGCGAAAAUGACUAAUCGUGUGACAAAUGUAUUGAGAAUAUUGCAUAAGCCUAAAGUUUUAAAUACAAAAAUUUAACUUGUUUUGACCUCUGAACAAAUAAAAUCUCAAAAAAUUAAUCAAAGUAUAUUCAAAACAUGAUUUUAUUCUGCACUAACUACACUUUAAAAAUCGUAGUAUUAGAGAACCCAUUCGCUAUGAUAAUUUCACACAUGGCUAACUUCUCACUCAAGAAUUAAGAAACUGGUACCCUUAUCUGUGCUUAU